AGUUUCAUAACCAGUAUUGUACUCCUGUGUGAGUGUGCUUUACAGUGAGAUGGUGUGUGUCACCUCUGCUGGAAGUGAUCGUUGCUAGCCAGAUGCUAUCAGUCGCAGCAGACCGGCAAGUAGCAGCAGUAGUCAGUAGUCAGUCAGAGUAGUGCGACAAACGUUACUGCGGUUUGAAAUUUCUCACUGAAAAGAAAAGAAAAAAACAACAACAUAGGAGCGCGUCAGGAUAUUGUUUGUGUUACAGAAGAGAGCCAGACUAAAGUUAAGUAACUUAACUACCGCUAACGUUACAGCUAACUAGCUUUGCCCGAAAGUUCUGUGUUCAGCCUGCAAGAGGAAGAUUUUAUUGACUUUAGACUUUUAAGAAGCAUUUGGAGAUUGUCACAGUAAAUAAAACAUGGUGUUUCUGAAGCUGGCAGGGGUGGCCAUCACCUCCAUCAAUCCUUAACAGACUUCAAAGUCCGUAACGUUGGCUGAAACCCAGUUUCAAAACGGCGGCAGCAGGAGAGAAACUGGACUCAUCCGACUCAACAUCCAGGUCAAAGAUGGAGUUAGCCGCGCGGCUUCACAGAGAGGAGGUAAAAGAGGGCAAAAUGCAGGAAAAACAGGAUUCUCAGAGCCGAACCCCGGGCAGCCUGGGGAAGGCUCACCCGGCUCUCAAAGCCUUUAUGUGUGGUUCUCUCAGCGGCACCUGCUCGACGCUUCUCUUCCAGCCUUUGGAUCUGGUCAAGACACGGCUGCAGACUCUGCAGAACAAUGCCAAGCCGGGUGCACCAAAGGUGGGGAUGUUUACUGUUUUCAUCAAUGUGGUUAGGACAGAGAAUUUCUUCAGUCUGUGGAAGGGAGUUUCACCAUCGUUUGUGCGCUGCAUCCCCGGGGUCGGCAUCUACUUCAGCACCUUCUACUCCCUGAAGCAGCACUUCUUCCUGGACCGGGCACCCAACGCUGGCGAGGCUGUCCUCCUCGGAGCUGGCGCCAGAGCUGUGGCUGGCGUCUGCAUGCUGCCAUUCACUGUCAUCAAGACACGCUUUGAAAGUGGCCGUUACAACUAUGUGAGUGUGGCUGGGGCUCUGAGGAGUAUGUAUGAGACAGAGGGAAUCAGGGCUCUGUUCUCAGGGCUGACGGCCACGCUGCUCCGAGACGCUCCGUUCUCCGGCAUCUACGUCAUGUUCUACAGCCAGGCCAAGAGGGCGCUGCCUCAAGAGAUGACUUUGUCGGCCUACUCCCCGCUUGUGAACUUCAGCUGUGGAGUGGUGGCAGGUGUCAUGGCGUCGCUGGUCACGCAGCCUGCAGACGUGGUGAAGACCCACAUUCAAGUCAGCCCAUCCCACUGGAGCACAGCAGAUGCUAUUCGCUACAUCUACAUGGAGCACGGCAUCGGCGGCUUUUUUCGUGGGGCUGUACCCAGGUCUCUUCGGCGCACUCUGAUGGCUGCUAUGGCUUGGACUGUCUAUGAACAGCUGAUGGCUCGAAUGGGCCUCAAAUCCUGAAGAUCCGUGAAAAAAAUAAGGUGAAAUAUGAGGGGAUAAGGAUCUGUUUUCUCAAUGAAAGCCUUGUGCAAGAAGAAAAGGGAGCCGAGGAGCUUAUAGAGAGUGAGCCAGCGCUACCAGGAUUUUGAGCAGAGGAAACAGGUGGAUAAAUGUCUGAAAAAAGAGAGUGAGAAUGGUGUAUGUGUGUGUGUUUAUUGAUAUUUUAGUAUUUGUGAAAUUGUGCCUGUUCAUGUCUGUAGGUGUGUAAGUCUGAGAUUGCGGUGUUAACACCUGACACACUCUUAUGUCAGUCUUGGACUGCAGUGACACUCCCUGCUGUGAAGUGAACUUAUUCCUCCUCUUACUAUUUAUGUCUGGACACCCUGAGGUAUAGCUAACACUCAAAAAAAUGCCCUUGACAGAGGGCCUGCUCUCUCUGCUGGGCUGCUUAGUUGCCUUUGACAAGGUGUCUGAAAAUGCUGCCAAGACAAACGGGGACAUUCAGCAAGCUGGUGUACCGUACAUCUGCUGAGGUAACCAAAAACAAAGCACUGCAGAGAAGGAGAGAGGAGCUCUUGCUUCUGUCAUAUUUAUGAGACUUGAGAUUGAGCAAUGUUUCUUACUUGCCAGUUAAUAUUAAUUGACAAGCAGACUUUAGAGGACAUGUAUUUGUUUCAGGCUCAGACAAUCACAAAUACUCAUACAGCUACAAUAUGGGAAGAAAAUCUAGGUUAACUUCAGUAAUCACAAUAAAGCCUUUGUUGCCAUACAGCUAAAAACUAUGCUAAUUUAAACUUACUUAUAUACAACCGUGGUGCAUUUUUCGCAUAUGAAACCGGGUGUGCUUUUUUAAAGAAAUUAUGAUAGUCACAUCUUUAGCUGAAAUAUUUUCAGACCUGUGGUAGCAUCUCAGUCGGAUCAGGAUUUUGUGGAUUUUUUUUGUGGAAGUUUUGUAAUCGAAAUGCUUGAUUAUUUUUGAGGACUUAAAGGUACCCUGUGGAGUAUCUGACCACUAGUGUUAUGAGUGUUUGUGUCGUGCACACAGGAGCAACACAAUAUUCAUUCUUGCAGCCAGGCUGUCUAUAAGCUAUUCUGCUCAUAGACAGCUGGCAGCAGAGACAUGCAAUGAAACGUAGCACUGCUCCAACAAAGGAAGAAAAAGAGGAAGACAGUAAAGUCUUCAAACAUGGAUUUAAUCACUCACAAUAUAAAAUAUUUUUCAAAAAAUCAGCUUUGCAAAUGUUUUGUGAGGAGCAAAAAGCAUUCAGAAUGUUGGUUAGGCCUUGAGGACACACACAAAAAAGCUAAAUCUAAACGCAACAUUUGUUUGUUUAGCUCCGCAGGGCACCUUUAAUCAAAGACAGCAAUGCAGUGUGCAUUGUUUCCAGAGUUUAAGUAAGCACUUUUAUAGGUUGACUUUUUUCCUACAAAUUAAUUAAAUAUCGCGAUGACAGGGUGAAAUUGAAAUCUUUCAAAUAUUUCAGAUUUUGUCGGUCAGUUACCUCCUGUGAUUAAAUGAAUUGACUGUUUGCGUAUUUCCAGAACAUUAAGCUUGCAAGUGAAGCAUUGCUUAAUCAUUGUGCUACUGUGUUUAUAAAAGGGACACAGAAUCCAUAUCAGUGCUGGAGAGACGUGGAUCGUGGAUGUGGAGUUUCCAGCAUCUUUCUGGCUCUUUAUAAAUAGUUGAUGUAAUACUGAAUUAUUGGUUGUAAAACAUGAAGGCCAUAUUUUUAUGUUGCUUGUACAGUGUAUCCUUUCUCAUAGAUAUUAUUUAUUCAUGUUGAUACAAAAAAAGAGGUUAUAUAUUGAAAGUAAUUAUUAUACACUGUAGAAGUGUUUAUAGAGACAAUGCCAAAUGGAAGGUCUCUUCACUGGAGGAGCUAGAUGAAGAUUUAAUUGCCUGAACAAAAUGGAUCUUUAAACGCCUACAGUAUAAUUUCACUGAACACUUUUGUUAGUUUUGUCAAGGCAAAGGUCACUACUGACAGGAUUCAUAUCUAAACGCCUCUGUGUUUGCUGUGUAACACAAGCUAUGUAUCUAACUGUGCCCCACAUGUGCCAUAAUUCACACAUGGAAGUUUUACCUUGUCGAUUAUCCUCAUCAUCGCAUCACUCCUGUAGUCUUUUGUUGUGACUGUAUUGUAUAUGGUCAUUGUUGUAAUUGUAGAUAAUUGGAUCUUGGUUUGCUCGGACAGAUGCUGCGCCUGCCUGGUUUUUAAUGUCAAUAAAUUUCCCUCUUUUUUUUUAAGUAAUUUUGACUUUCUGUUAUUAGAGAUCAGGAGGAGGUUGACUUUUUAAUGACUAUCACAUUGUGUAUUUCCAGAUAACUCUUAUAUCAACUACAUUAUUAACAAACCAGUCUGCAUGCUGCUACUAAACAUUGUCAGAGAGCCACU